AUGAAUAAAUUGUAGAACCAUAGAAUUAUAAAAGCUCCUUUAAGUGGGUCUCUUCCAGAUAAUAGACCAAAUUUAUCAUAAUCUGAGCCAAGAUUCAUUUCUUAAAAAAUGUAAUAAAAUUAUGAGGAUCCUGCAAACGAAAUCAUAAGAUAAAAAGAAGAAGCCUUCCACUAUUUAAGAUAGGAAAAAAUAGGAAUUAGCUUAGAAAAAAUUAUAAAUGUGGUUGAAGCAGCAAGCGAAUAUUUCGAUAAAGAUUCUAUAGAAUUUAAAAGUCUAUUUAAUGAGAUAAUCUAAGUACUGUGUGAUUAUUCAAUGAAGCUUCUAACUUAAAACCAAUUUGAAAGAGCUAUUGAUAUUUUGAUGACAUGCAGGAAAUUGACAGAUGCUUCUCUUUAUUACGAACAAGUGCCAGAAAAAAGAACUUUAGUGCUCAACAAUUUAGGAUGUGUAUUUAGAAAAAUGGGAAGAUUAGGAAAGGCGAGGAUUUUCUUGGAAGAAGCCUUUUCUUUAGUUUAAAAGUUUCCUCAUGUAAAGUAUAGUGGAAUUACAUAUAUGAAUAUAUGUGCAGUUGUUUCAUAAGCAGGAAUGCAUGAUAGAGCAAUAUAAUAUGCAAGGUUUGGUUUAUAAGAAUGCUAGAGACAAUUAUUAGAAUUUCUUUCUGAUCCUUCUUCUAAAAGAGAUAUUGCAUAGCUGACUGAAAAAGUUAAAUUUACUGCAAUCAGUUUUCACAAUAUUGCAGUUGAAGAGGAAUAUUUUUAGAACUAUGAUAAAGCUAAAGACAAUUAUCGCUAAAGUUAUACUUUAUUCGAGGAUCAUGGACUUUCUCUACAAGAUCCUUUAUACCAAAAAUUCAAACUUUCUUACUAAAAAUGUGUUUAAAACAGCAUGAGCAAAAAUACGAGUUUUGAUAAAUCAGGAAACAAAGGUAGUUUAAUAAAGCUAGACCGCCCUAAAAGUAGUCAUUAAACAUAACCUAAGCAUUUAAAAUAAAACAGUGGAGAUGGUUUUUAUUUUUAGAAUAACAAAUUAGUAUCUAAAAGUAAGGUAAAAGAUUAAAUGUCUUCAACACAAUCAUUCCCUAAAACCCGUAGUUAUUAGUAAGAUAUGUAUGAAGAUUAAAAUUUUAGGCAAACAGUGAAAAAUAACUAUUUUGGUCACAAUUAAAGUUAAAAUGAUUAUAACCAAACCUCUCCAGCUUCAUUCAAAAGCGAAUAACCUAACAAAAAUAGAAGAAAAACUUCUCCUGAAUUUUUAAGUAAUUCUUAAAGAAGACAUUCAAACAACGAACUCAGAAAAGAAAUUAAAGACUUGUAAUUAAUUGGAAUUCUAGAUUGGAGUGACUCAGAUAAAUCUGAAGAUGAGUUUGAGCUUAAUAAAAAUAAUAGAAUUGAUUUCAUUAAAUAAUUGUAAGGGGAAAAUGCUGACGAAAGCCUCCAAAUUAGUAGGGUAGUUGAGAGCCCUAAGUAGAAUUAGCCUAUAUAAGCUUUGUAAUAAGAAUAAUCCCCAUCGUAAAAAUUAGUUGCUAACUAAGAAAAUUCAUUUCAUUAAGCAACCACAAUUCAUAACUAACCAUCUAAGCAGUCAAUAAAAUCAAUAAAAUCUGAUAGAAAGUAAUCUAUUGCUGAGAGUCCUACAAGCAUUAGGAAUGAAGCCUAAGCACAAUCAAACAGAAAAAUAGAGAGUAACUAAUAAAUAAGCAAGAGGACAAGCAAGGUGGAAACAGAAAAUAAUUUAUCUUCUUAAACUCUCUUACAAAAGUAAUAUAGUUAAUAAGAAAUUGAAGCUGCUGGAAGAAUUCAAUCAGAAUGGAAAAAGUAAUAAGAGUUCAAAGAAAAUAAAAAGAAAUUAGUCAUUCAAAACAAAAAGAAGUUGAUUGCCUAAAGAUAAAAGAAGAUAGAAUAGUCUGCAGUUGUUAUUUAGAAGUAGUUUAGAAAGCAUAUAAUAAAAAAGGAAGCAGACUUUUAAAAGGAUAACAAAAAGCAAAGAGAUUGGACUAUUUGUUUCAAAAUUAUUACUAAAGUUGUAGACUAGCUAUCACUAUUUACUAGUCAUGAUAAGUGGAGAUUUUAAGAAGAGCCUUAAAAUAUAAACUACAAGAUAGUCAAAUUAUCAUUUUACUACAACUAGAAGAAGGAUUAAAUGAGAAUAACAGCUCAUGACUAAGAUGAUACCAAUACUUAUAAGAUUGAAAUAGAAUAACUAAUAUUAAAUAUCAAGUAACUAUAGCAGAAUUAGAAUUAUAUGCAAAUACUUAAUUGCUAAUUAAAUACUCUACAAAGUGUUAACGAUUUAAAAAAUUUGGCUAGACAGCUCAAAGAUUAAGUUUAUAUAUGUAAUAACCAAUUAAGGUUGUUUUUCAUGGAUUCUGAAUUAGAAGAAAGAGAAGGCUUCGAAGAAAUAAAGAGAAAUAAGAGAGUAUCCAAGUAAGAGUAAGAUUAGGCAGCAAUUAAAUUGUAAUCUUACCAAAAGCAGCGUUAGUGCAAGUAGAAAUUAAAUUUAGUACAUGAAUAAGAAAUCAAAAAGAUCAAAAAGUGGAUUUUGAAGACCUAUACAACUGGCAUAUUUAUCGAAGUGUGCCUAAUGUAUAAGAUAAAUAAAAAGGAAUAUUUCAUCAGAGUUAAAGAUUUGAGCUCAAAAAAAUCCUACCAAAAUCUAAAAAUAGAAGAGAAGCAUGUUAAAUUUUGGUAGACUUUGAGAAAUGAUGACUUGCUUAGCUACAUUGACAUCGAUUAGGAAGAAUCUAAAAUAGAAUUAACAAGCAAUUACUUUUAGGUUUUGGGUAUAAGAGAUAAUAGAAGAUCUGUUUUUGAUAUAAAAUACAUUCCUAAUUACAAUACCAUUAACACAAAAUCUUUGGUAAAAGUUUAAGCUUUAAUCAGAGGUGUUUUGCAAAGAAAACUUUAUUUGAUGAUGCUGGAAAAAAUUAAAAAAGAUAAAGAAUACAUUCAAGAAAAUUCAAAUGUUCAUUUCAUAUGCAAAAAUGGUUAUAUUUAUGAUCAAUAAGAGUCUUUUAUCUUCAAAUUAUAUUUUAAGCCAAAAGGCUGCAACGAAGAUUAAACUUUUGAAAACCCUUAGCAAGUAGCUAAGAGCAACUUUGCAUAUAUUAUAAUACAAGCUAUUAAUUUAAAUAAAAAAUCUAAAAUUGGCAAAGUAGAAACAGUUAAGCAAAAAUUACCUGCUAGAGUUACAUAAUUCGAAGUCUAGAGAUUUUCAUAAAAAAUACUUAAACUAACCACCCUUAAGCUAGGCAGAAAUUAAUAAUUAAGGAUUAUUGCUCCAACUAUUGAUUAAGUAAUGCUUGAAACUUAGAAUCUAAUUAGAUAAAAAGAUGGUUAGUAGAUAGUGGAAACGGAUCCUGAGUUAUAGUAAAAACUCAUUUUUAACAAAAAAACAUUUGUCUAAAAGCGCUCUUAAUAUAAAUCUAUGGUAAAUUUCUGCUAAUUCGACUCAAAUAUAUCAAAGAACAUCUAACCUUCAUAAAUAGGUGAUUUGUGCUAAAAGAUUAUUUAUUAUAAAUAUCACAACUACUUGGACUAAAGAAAAGUAGAUAUUCUCAUUACCAAGGAUAUUAAAGGCCCUAAGGAACUCUAAGAAAAGGCUCAAAAAGAUUUCCCUUCUACAGAAUUUUCAAAAAAAAUACUUAGUUUUAUGGAAAAUAGCACCUUUAGUAUAGAAGAAGCAGUACCAACAAGACCUAAGUUAGAUACACAAAUGGUAGAGCUGGUGAAAUAGAAUGUUGAAUGUACAAUUUAAUAAAAUAUAUUUAUUAUUGACGUGUAUUACGAUUAAAGUGAAAGACAUAUAAUCGUUGUAUAUCAAUCUAAUGAAAAUAAAUCGAUUAUUGGCUAAUUGAUUAUAAAUAUUGGUCUAGUUGCAUUCACUAAUGAUUGGAAUAUUGAUUUGCUAAAAAGAGAUAUGGAUGAAUUAUUGAUUUAACAAUUGAGACAUAAAAAUUUAAUUUUAUACUUUGAAGAAAACAAAGUAAUGAAGAGGAGAAACGAAGCUUUACAGUAAUAGCAAUAGUAGGCUGUUAAAGUUUUAGUAAAUUAAGUUUAAAUCUAAAAAAGGGAAUAAAAGCAAUCCUAGCUUUAGGUUUUCUUGUUUAAUGUGAUUAAUAAAUAGAUAGUUUUGGAUGUUAAUUUUCAUCCUUCAUAGUUUAAAUUUAUACUAAACAUUUCUUAGAAUACUAAUCUUACUGCAAAAGGUACUUUAGAAAUUCCAUUGAAUUGGUUCUGCUGUCCAUCAUUAAGGCAUAUUAUUGAAGAAAAAGACCUUUAAGGUUUAUAAAGUCUGCUUUAUCCUCUAUUUUUAGAAACUUAAGAGUACUUAAACAUUGAAUUUGUUCACGAAAAAUAGUAGUACACAUAUGACUUAGAAGCAGCGAAAAAAAACAUGCCAUAAAUUAUUCAAAAUUAUUUUGCUUUAAAGAUUUAAAAGAAAUUCUAAUCAACUUUAUAAAAGAACUACUACAAAUUCUAAAGGGUUAUCUCAAACUAAAAGGAAAUACAUUUAAAUACCGAUGUUUCAAUUUCAACCAAUAUUUAUUUCGAAAAGAGAUGGUACUUAGUGAAAGAUUAAUUCAAACUCAAAGUUAUUAUCGAAAGAUACCCUAAAUCUGCUAACAAAGGAUAAAAAAAGGUAUUUAGCAUAGAUCUUCUCUAGUUGAAAAAAGAUUUCUUAGAACUAGCAAAUAAAAAGAAUUCAGAUGCUAACAUUGAUCGUUAAUAUGUCAAGCUGAUAGAUAAUAAGUGGACAGAUAUUCAAGGAGUCUUCUCUAAAUCAUAUUAUAUUAAAGAAUUUAGUGAUCUCAUUUUUUAUUUAAAUUAGCAAAUUUAAGUCACUAUUUUAUAUUCUAAGGUUUAUGUCACUAUUAACGACCAUAAAUUUAACCUUAAAGAAGAAAAGUAUGUACCACCAUAAAUUACCAAUAAAAGAGAUUUUUAGAUGGGUGAAGCCUUUUAAAAAUUUAGAGCUAUAGUAUGCGCAGUUACUUGUAUUUAGAGAGCUUAUAGGAAAUUCAAAAAACUUGAAUGGUAAUAACUUAAGGUUCAAAGAAAAAAAGAAAAGGAUAUACUCAUUAAGCCUCUAGGUUAACGUGUUAAAAGAGCUUUCAAAGAAGUAGAAGGAGACAUGUACAUUGUCAACGUCUAUUAAAGGGAAAAUGUUUACACAUUCGACUUGAUUUUGUUUAAUGAAAGAAGAGAAAAAAAGAAUAGAAAAAUCGCAGAAAUUGUUUAAAAUAAGGAUUCAGAUAAGCAAUCGAUGCUUCAUAUAAAGAAUUUGAAUUAUUAAGAUCCUUCAAAGAAGCAAAGAAAGUAAUUCAGAGGAUAAUAUGAAUACGAUACUAAUUAGUUGCUUAACACUGGAGCUUAAACUAUACCAGAUUAUUUAUUAGAUAGAAUAGCUAUAUAAGAAGAAGAAGUUAUCUUUAAAGAGAAUAUUUUCAAAGAGUUUUAACCAGGAGCAUACCAAAACGUUAAAAGACAUGAAGGUUUCAUAGAACAUUAAAGAGAUUAGAGCACAGCCUUAGAUGAAGCUUCAUAAGCUUAAUAGUUUAAAGUUCAGUAACAUUAGUCUAAUAUUGCAUCUAAUUUAGUCAAUUACUCUUUCCAAGAGGAUUAAGGCAAAUAAUUUAUUUACAAUGUUGUAUAUACUGGAUAAAAGCCUAAACCAUAGUCUACAGAUUUGAAUAAAAUUAAAUUACCAAGAUCAAAACAAUUAAAAGAAGUUAUGGCAGAAGUAAAUGCAGAUCAAAAGUCCUAAAUUCAAGGUUAGGCUAACCAGCAACAGGAAAUAUUAGAAACAGAAGAAAAUGAAAAUGAUGAAAAUAUUGUCAAGAUAAAUGUUGAUUUAAAUGAACUUAAAAAACUUUAUCCUACCAUUGACUCAAAAUCUCAUGGCUUAAUGAAAGUUAUUGGUGAAUAAUUGAUAGAAGGUAUUAAAUUAGAGUAAAAUGGUAAAGUUCUUAUAGAUUAGAGCAAGCUGAAUCCAAAGUGCAUAGAAGUUGAGGAAUAUAAUGUAAACAUUGAAAAUAUCAACAAAAAAAUUGAAGAAAUGAAGAAGGCUGAAGAGGACAUAAAUCUCCGUAACAAGAUGCUUCAAUAAAACUAAACUGUAUAAGAAAAUAGAAAAACUCUUCUGAAAUAAACAAGAUUCUUUUCAAAGUAGAAAUAUCUAAUCCUUAUCUAUAUUAUCGAAAGAAAGGUAAAAAAAAUUUAAAACACUGGUUUUGAUACAGUUUUCGAGGAAUACGAAGUCCUUUAUUAAAUAAACUGUAUCAACUUAUCUGCCAAAAACUAAAACCCAAUAAUUUGGGAAAUAACUCCUGAAGAAGUUUUGGUUGUUUCAGAUGGUAUUAAAGAUAAUAUGGAAAGAGCUAGAUACUUGAUGAGAAGAACAGUAGUUUUCAAUCAAAAAAUUAUCUUCACCGUGCAUAAAAAGCAGCACAUAAGUAGACUAAAGCCUUGCCCAAAUGUUCUUUUUUACUAUGAGCUUGGCUUAAUUCCUAUUUAAAAUCAUUUUAGGAACAGACGUUUCCGUAGAAACUUCUAAAGCUACAAAGAUGAAAUCAAAGUUAAGAAUCCAAACAUCAUCCAUAAAUGUAUCCCAGAAGAGCUAAAAAGCUUAACAUAAUAUUAUUUACUAGUAUGUGUGGAUUGUAAGGAAGCAAAUGACAAAUGGGAGUUAAUUGCUUGGGAUUUAGUUACUUUUGAAAGAUUCUCAAAAAUGAUAAAAUCCACAGAAUUCCUAUCUUAUGCAGAAGAGUUUGGAAGAGAAGUUACAGUGGAAUUUAUAGCUAAAUUUAUCGAUAUUGAUCCAGCUUCUAAUGAAUUAUCGAUAAAUUCAGGUGUUUCUGCUUAUUUUAAGCAAUAUAAAGAUGAGCUAAAAAAGAAAAAAGCUAGAAGAGAUAUGGUAGAAAGGAAGAAACUGAUUGACAAUCCUUAUUAAUGA